UCUGAAUGUAUUACUACAUAUGUUGAUGCAUUGCUUGGAGACCUUCUGAUAGAGAUUUCAUCAUCUUGUUUCAUGUUGCUGUUUAACAUGAUCGUUUUGGCUGACUUUUCGCAGACGAAGCCUUUGACUUUUUCAAUUCACGCCAUCGUAGAGACUCAUUCGCUCGCCACUGCACCAUCACCCUUUGAUCGGGAUGUUUUUCAUUGUUGGUUUCUUUGAUCAGACAUUAAGAGCCACAUGUAUAAACUUAGGUAUGGCGCGCAUUGUUCCCUCAUGCUCGGAUUCAUUGUUCAAGUACCGUAUACAUAGUUCUGGAGAAUACAAAGAUGCUGUUCAUUCAUAUCGACGUCGUGCUUCCCUUGCGUUUCUACUUCUAUAGCAUUCACGUUUGCGUUGUGAGCUAAAUUUGUGGCACACAUGUCAUAACAUCACUCAACCUUGAAAGUAUGCCAAAUAGUACUCGAAAAACAUCAGCUUCCGGCUCGGCCACAUCGCCGGGUCGACGCUCAACCCGAUCUGCUUCUCGCACUGCAUCGGUCAAUUCCAAGACGUCCAAACGUUCAGCAAGCACACCCAAAGCCCUGAAGGACUUCGACUGGGAUUCUCUUGACCCUGCACUAUUCAACGACUUCGACUUCGACCCUAAUCUCUGGGCGGAUGAAAACUUGGCUGCAGGCAAUCUUCCAACCACUCUCGACGAACCUGUCGUCCAAGGUGAAGUCAAUCACUCGGAUCUGCAACCUUCUUUCAAUCUUCUAACAAAUCCCCUGUCUGCCGUACCCGGACAGAACGGGGCUCAAUCCGAUUUCCUUCUCGAGCAACCUUGGGACUACAACGCCCCUUUCUAUGAGCGGCCAGAUCUUACUCCUGUACCCGCACAUCCGAGCUACUACGUGGCGCAGCCCAUCCAGCCGUCAACUCCACGUAGGUCGUCGCGAGGUCCGUCUAAGACUCCAGUCCGGGAUACUUUCAAUGGCCUGGACCCUAGCUUUUCAUAUGGUCUCCAAGAUCACCAAUACCCGGAGCCCAUCGAUCCUCGGCUUCUCGGCACCGGCCCGUAUGGUGCAGGCAAUGCCACUCGUGUUCCCUACCCUCAAUAUGGCACCGAUGACUCUCUUUUCAUCCCCGAGUCAGGGCCGCCAUCACACCCAUCACGACAUGCCCGACAGUCACCCAUCGAUCCCACGGGUGCCGAUCGUCGGCGCAGGAGCUCUUCUUCGCAUCCUACACUCCGGUCUCGAUCAUCACGCAGCAGUGGCGAUGAACGUCCAAACAGGUGCAAGUCGGUUUUUCAAGAAACAUUCAAGUACGAGCAGCCUAAGACCGACCCGCAAAAGCCAUGGAUUCGUACAAAUAUAACUACAAAAGGUGUUACUACUCGCACUGCGAAGUGUAACAGCUACGACCCCAACGAGUACUAUGUUUAUACUCCCAAUCCACUUGGGGACUGGUCUACUAGGCACAAUCGUUUCGAGUACACUAGGCAUGGCGAGCUGGCGGAACCUACUUAUACGGCCGCGCAGAUCCGAGACUUCAUCCUAAGCUAUCCCGAAGACCGCGAACGCAAGAUCAAACUGCAGCUCUUCAUCCAAGUUGGGCCUACUGAUUCUGCUCGUCGCUAUAUGAGCCAGUCAUGGCCUAAAUGCCGCUUCAAAGAAUGCCCUGUUGUCCGAUACGAGAAGGGCACGAUUCUCCACGGCCACUACCGUGUUGCAUUCGAUGAGCGUUCAUUUGGCACCGGCAACCGAUACGAUCCGCAUCAAGCAGCUAGCGCUUAUGUCCACCUGUACUGCAUGGAGCGUUUCCUCGACUUCGAGUAUAUUUGCCGCAAAGCUCAUGUAUACGUGGAUACGCGCCAGUUCAGCGGUGAACCUCGAGGCAAAUAUGCGGCCUCCCUUGCCGGUCGUCCGGAAUGUGCACUCGCCCAGGACUUCGUGCGAUAUGCUUCUAGGGACAACCUUAGGGCGUUGGAUGACUUCUCUAACUACCCGAGGCAUUCAGAUCAUGCAGACGGCAGCAAAACACGAUCUGCAGCCCAGAUCAGGCAGUUUGAAGAGCGUGGUCUCGGCCCUUCUCACAUCCUUGUGAACAAAGGCGAUCUUGAAGUUCUCAUGGCAGAGAAGCGUCGCAUGAAGACUAAGGCAGCACGUAAACGCAAACGUCAGAAUGAAAAUGCGGAUGACAACGAUGAUGACGCCGACGAAGAUGAUAACGAUCACUACAACAUCCAACGCCGCCGUCUUGUCAAUGAAGCUAAGAGCCAAUACGUUGUAUCGAAGCGCCAAGCGCCCAAGCGCCCGCCCCGUAAGACUAAAGCUACUGUUCGUCCGCAGCGGGAACCCUGGGAAGUAGAUGACGACGAGGAUAGCGCGGACGAGCAUCGACCUGUCGCUUCACGCUCGCCAAACACUCGUCGUAGUCCACGCAAUGCUAGACAGCGCAUCGACUAUACGGAGCCUUCCAACGACCCCUUGUAUGACUCACGUAACGAGCAGGCCUAUCAAUCAGGUCACCACCAGAACGCUUACCAAUCCGCCUAUCAGCCUGGGUAUCAACCUAGAUAUGACCUCUUGGCUGAGUAUCAGCCAGAAUACGAGCGCGUCUACCAGCCAGAGAUUCCCACUGGCUAUCGGCCGGUCCAGGACUACUCUCGACGUACGCCUCCCCCAGUUCCGUACGCAACCAAGCCUAGGUCCGGGGCCCCCGUUACCUCUGGAGACGUAGAGUUUCAAGAAGAAGAAGGACCACCACGCCGUCGCGCCGGUUCUGUCUUCAUCGAUCCGGAGCUUGAAGAAACCAACUUCGACCGCCUCUUCCAGGAGACUCUGCAGCGCCGCUCUUCAAGCAUUGGAUCUUACGCUCCCCUUCGCACCGGUAGCAUUCUGCGCCCAUCAUCAUCAGGCCUACGCUCAGCAGGCCCUCGGUCAGCAAGCACACGCUCGCCCCGUUCAGCGAAGAUCCGCUCUGCGUCCUCUACAAAUUCCCGGGUAUCUUUCGCUAGGCAAGCUUCGACGCGCACGUUCGAUUCGCAAGCGCCACCCCAGGACGUAGAGGAAUCGGUCCAGACGCCCCAAACGCCUCGCCGCACGCGGCUCCAGUCAAAGGCCAUGCAGAAAGGGAACGACGCACCAAAGAACGUGCUUGGCGCGAAGAACGCCGGGGUCUCAAAGAAGAGGUCGAGAUCGUACUAA